AUGAUUUACUCGUCUCAAAAAUCCUACGAUGUUCCUGCAGUUGACUUACUCACUUUUCUCUUCGCUAAUAGACUAGAAAAUCCUUCAUGCGCCGCCAAAGAAGACACCAUAAUCCACCUCGAAGCCGCCAACCCCUCGAACUCCAUCACCAAAUCCGUCGGGAGAGAACUCACCAAAUCAAUCGCCUACAGCCUUCGAAACUCCUUCUCCAUUGGCGAGAAUGGUCCAGGUAAAGAUGUCGUUGUGGUUAUUUCCUCCGGCCAACCGUUGCUUGCGAUGUUGUUCUAUGGUGUGAUUGCAUCUGGAGGAGUUUAUUCGGCUGCUAGUGCAAGUUUUACUGCAAGCGAAUUGGAGAGGCAGAUUAAGCAGGGAAAUAGCAAUUUGGUGUUUUGCAGUGAGGAUGCGAAAGAUGUUGCCGUGGAAGCGGCAAAGAGGUGUGGAGUGCCAUUGAGUAGAGUCGUAGUCGUAAGAUCAAGUCCAAGCUGGAGUAUGGCGUCGCUUGAGGAUGAGGUUUCUGUUUUGCCGUCCAAGGGAAAGUUGGGUUGGGAGAGGAUCACCGAUCAAGAAGAGUUGGAUAAUAGUUUGAUAUGUCUCCUUUACUCUUCUGGCACAACUGGUAUUCCUAAAGGUGUGAUGAUAUCACAUACAAACAUAGUAGCAGAAUCUUACAUCCCAGCGACCAUGUUCCGAGAGAAAAUCGCCGCCAGAAUAGAGAACGGAGAACCUCCGUUCGAAUACAGAACCUUAGCCCACCUUCCAGCUUCUCACAUCGCAGGUGUACAAGGAUACUUCAUUAACCCAUUCUACAUGGGCGGUCCUGUAUACUGGAUGCCUAAAUUCGACUUUGGGAAAUUCCUGGAAUAUAACAAGAAAUUCCGCAUCACGUUCUUCUUCACUGUUCCACCUAUUUAUUUGCUCAUUGCGAAGACGGCCAUAGUCACUGACCAGUUUGACUAUCUGGAAGUGGCAAUUAGUGGCGCUGCACCGCUGGGCAAGGAGUUGCAACAUGCGGCCAGCGCAAAGCUCGGUCGGGGCAAGACAUUCAUUGCUCAAACGUGGGGUUUGAGUGAGACGACGGGGAGUGUGACUGCCAUGCCAUGGGGAGAAAAGGACGAUACGGGAAGUGUCAGCAAGCUCUUGCCGAAUAUGAGUGUACGCUUGAUGGAUGACGACGGUAAAGACGUACCCGAAGGGAAACCUGGAGAAGUUCUCGUGAAAGGUCCCGUUGUUACUAAAGGUUAUUAUGGCAACCCUCAAGCAACGCGCGAUUCAUUCAUCGACGGCUGGUUCUGCACUGGCGAUGUAGCGAUCUGGAAGAAUGGGUUACCCUAUAUUGUUGAUCGGAAAAAGGAAUUGAUCAAGUACAAAGGCUUCCAAGUAGCCCCCGCCGAACUAGAGGCUCUUCUCGUCACGCAUCCCAAGAUCCUAGACGCUGCAGUAAUUGGUGUUGAUAUACCUGGUACAGAAGCACCAAGGGCGUAUGUUGUGACGAACGGAGAUAUAACAGAACAAGAGAUCAAGGAAUUCGUGAAGAAGAAUAUUGCAGAUUAUAAGCAGUUGCGUGGUGGCGUGGUUUUCAUGGAAGCUAUUCCUAAGAGUCCUUCUGGAAAGAUAUUGAGGAAGGAUCUGAGAGAGAUGGCCAGGAAAGAAACUAGAGCUAAACUGUAGACCCGAAGGCGCAGAGGACUGUAGCAACUAAGCUUGGUCCGACGAUCUGCUGCGGUACUUGGGAAGGGUAAUUGAAGAGAUAAGGUGA